GGAUAUUGUCGACACGCAGUGAGAACAUGAUCCAUUCGAGAUCGAUAUGGGGAGGGAGUGAACAGCUUACUGCUGCACGAUGACAUCACGUGAGCUGUGAUCACAGAGUCAGGGUAAUCCCUCCAUGCAUAUCGCCCAUUUGCACAUGUUGCGGAAGCAUCCUUGGCAGAAAUACGCGAGGCUGCUAGGGCUACUGGAAAGCUUUCGGAAGUGAAGAUGCUUUGAUACUUUUUGGCCAAAAAAAGGGGGUAGAGCCAACAUACCUCACCUUUCGUGCGCUAAACCCCUCAACGCAGCAUUGAAGGUGGUGAACAGUGCCACUUUUGUACUGCUUUACACAGCGAAUGAGACUUUCCCCAGUCUGUGCUCUGUUGUUGGUCCAAGGACGCUUGAGGCGAACGCGCAAUGGCUGAGGUCGUGGGCACAGCUAUUGGUGUUGUGGGCCUGCUCGCCCAGCUCUUUGACGGGUGCGUCAAAGCCUAUGGGUACUUCACCACGGCUCAGCAACUCGACGCAGACUCGCAGAGACUCCUAUGCAAGGUACGGAUAGAGGAGAUGAGGCUCGUGGUGUGGGGUAGGGAAUGGGGCGUUGCCGAGGGAAAGCUGGAACGACAUCUCCUGGGGUCGCAUGGCGGCGCCACCAUGAGCACGACCAACGGCCACGACCGUGGGCCCACGAGGAGCUUUGGUGAGGGAAAUCCGCAGCUCAGGGCCUUGGCUAUGCAGAUUCUCGAGCAGCUGCACACCACCGUGACGGACGUUGGGAAGUUGAAGGAGGUCUACGGGCUGAGUGACCCGACGGAGACAAAGGGGAAGACGACUUCUACCAAGAACGGCACCAAUAGCAGGAGUUGGAAGAAGGACUUUACUCUGAAAAGCAGGUGGGUGAUUGCAGACAAGGACAAAUUCACCACCUUGCUCAGGGAUCUCAAGGACUUUAACGACGGACUGGAACGCCUCUUUCCACCAUCACAGCUGCCAUCCUUCCAGCGCGCCUGGACGCAUCAGCUCCUCGAGUCUGCCCAAAGAGACGUCAAGCAACUGUCCCUGCUCGAGACGGCGUCGUCAGAGACCUAUCCCCAUCUCACCAACACGGCCAACCUCAAGAAGCUGCGCAUCAACCUGGACGCAGCGCCGCAGUCGACCUUUAAGCCCACACAUGCUCUCAAAGUGCCCCGAGAGAUUCUGUCCAUCCCCGACAUUGUCUCCCCCAGGAAUCUCGAAGGCAAUCGCUGUCACGCCCAUCACGACACCACCGGUGACGUUCUGAUAGAAUGGGUGCUCUACGAUCCGCACGCCCUAGACGAGCGCCUCGCCCAUCUACGUCGAAUGGACGAUCUCGCGCGCAUGAUGCACUCAGCGUCCACCCGGCACCCUGACCUGCACUCCAUCGACUGCAUCGGUUACACGGACGACGCACUCAACUCCCGCUACGGCCUCGUCUACCGCGCUCCCUCGGCCUCCUCGUCGUCACUCCAUGCCCUCAUCUCGUCUUCGGAUCUCAAGACGCCAGACCUGGACGCCAGGGUCAGGCUGGCGACCACCCUGGCGGUGGCCACGUGGAGUCUGCACUCCCUGGACUGGCUGCACAAGUCCCUCUGCUCGAGCAACGUCCUCUUCUUCCCGUCCAUCUUCUCGACCGCGGCGCACGGCGCAACUGUCGCGUCCGCUCUCGCGCCUGACAUCUCCAACCCCUAUCUCACCGGCUUCGACGCGUCUCGCCCGGAGAUUGAGACUGCUCUGUCGGUGGCGCCGAGAAACCCCAGCAUCACCAAUCUGCAUCGUCACCCUUGUUCCCUGCGCGGCCUGCCUGCGACAAAGGCGUAUGACGUUUAUAGUCUAGGCCUUGUGCUGUUGGAGAUUGGCUUGUGGAAGAUACUGCAAAACUACCACAAGACGCACUACUCAGCGGAGCGUUGGCGGGACAAGAUUGUGCUGCCCGUCCUGGUACCAAAUUUAGGGGCAAAGAUGGGCCCGCGGUACAGAGACGUUGUCGAGAUGUGCUUGAGUGUCGAGGAGGGCACCAACAGCAAGGAAGCGGGCGAGCUGAUGGAAGUCGUGGUGAGUCGGUUGGAAAGCAUACGAGUGUGAAUAGCCACCCGUUCUACAGAUGAUGUUCACAAAAGUACUCAAAAUUCCAUAUUGGCUGGCGUAUGUAUAUAUCCCAGCUCACGAACAGCACACACAGCAAGCGAUGGCAAUCAAGAAUAACCAAAAGUCUUUCAAUAACAACAGAUGCAGAAGCUAGACAGUACACUGCAAAGUCGCGCCUCUUCUCUCAAA